UUUUCAAAACAUAGGGAGUCCCGAAAUUUGAGCAAGCCAGGUGUAAUUUACUCUUGAGUAGUUAGGGAAAAAAACGAAAAAAUAAGGGGGGACGGAGCUCUAAAUUGGUUCAGACGGUUGCCAUUUGAAUUUGAUAGAUACUAGGGAAGGAGGAGCUUUUGGAGUCAAAGGAGAAGUCAUGAUGAUGAUGUAACAGCAACACAAAGAUGAGUUAGCAGAUAUAUAAAUGCAUGUUUGUAUCGAGAUAGAGAAUGGAUUCUAGCCAUGACCAAAAGAGAAUGAACGUAGAAGACAAUAGACUAAGCAGCUUGCCAGAUGGUCUUAUUCAUAAAAUCCUCUCUUUUAUUAGCAUCAAACAUGCUAUUCAAACCAGCGUUUUGUCAUCGAGAUGGAGGUUUCUAUGGACUUCAAUGCCUUAUCUCAAUUUCUCAAGGGAUGAUUUUUCUAAGUUGCCCAAGUUCUCGAAAUUUGUUACACAUGUUCUCUCAGACCGCAACAAUCAAACAGAAGUGUCCUCUGUUAAGAUUAGUCUUCAUGGUAAGAUGAGCGGCAUAUUUGCCAAAAAAAUCAUAAAGUAUGCAUUCUCUCACAAUAUCCAACAAUUGAAUGUUGCAAGCGUGCUAGCAAAUGAGGUUGGCUUCCCCCUUGUUCUCUUUAGUUCUCGGUCUCUAAAACAUCUUAGUUUGACAAUGAAAGUUUUAUCAGAUAUAGAGUACCGUAGCAAAUAUUCUUUAAGAUAUGUCUUUAAUGCAACAUCUACUUGGGAGCUCCCUGCCUUAACAACUUUGUAUCUCGACAAUGCCGCUUUGAUUUGUGAUGAAAAUACUGACAAAUGCAUUGAUCUUUUCUCUAAGUGUGCAAACUUGAAGAAUCUCACCUUAAAAAGUUGCUAUAUGGAGGGUUUCAAGGGUUUAAGUAUUUGUCUUCCUAAACUUUCUAAUCUUACGAUUGAAAUUGCUUGCGGGAGCGUGGACGUUUUCAAUAUUGUUGCACCGCAACUCAAGAAUCUCACCAUAAGAAGUUACUUUGACAAGCAAUAUUCGCUUUCUGCACCCGACCUUGUAUUCUUGUUCUACCAAGGCGGUUAUUGUUUGCAACUUUCUACAGAUGAUUACCUUUCUUUGGAGAAGGCAGAUAUUUGUGUACUCCGUCCAAAAGAUGCUCAUCAAGUUCUACGUAUGCUUCAACGUCUUCACAAUGUCAAGUUUCUUACUCUUAACGUGGAAAUUGUUGAGCUUCUUUCUUCAUCUGUGGAACUAAUAACAAAUCAACCUUCUCCAUUUGCUAACUUAAAGAGUUUAAAGAUUCAACCAGACAUAGAUUUUUCGGACCUCGGAGAACAUGAGAGAGCAGACAUGUCUGCAGAAGUUAGAAGCUAUUUGCUAGAUGGUUCUCCCGAUGCCACCUUCACAACGGUUUCACGUGAGGAUGUUAGAGCUAUUAAGAACACCAAGUUAGCCCAAAACCUUAUUACAGAGUUAAGUGCGUUGCUAGAGCAGGAGAAAGCAAGUAUAGAGACCAAAAUGGCAAAGUUGCAUGAACACGGGAAGGCACAUGUUGAUACUGAUAUGAGUUGGAAAUAUUUGAGUGUGCUGAUUCAGGAAGGGGAAAAAAAGACUUCUGACAUCAUUUCAAAGUUGAAAGAGAUUAACGGAAUACUGACAGAGCUGCCUGCAUCAAACCGGGCUACCGUUCAACCAUCUUUUUCUACUUUGGGUGUAGAGGCCAACAUUGUCGCUAAUAAAAUAACGGGUUUUAUAAAGAUGGUUUGUGAUGAGAAUCAAAGAUGUUUAAAUGUCUGCAUUGAUGACGUUACCACGGCAUCACAACUGUCUUCUUAGCAAAUUUGAUGCAGCCCAUGCAGGCUCGUCGCAUACAGGCCUAAUCCAAACCCAGGAGGAAGCGACCCAGCUGAACAAGGAGGCUAGUAAUCGGCCCAAAAGAGUGCACAGGAGGCCAACAAGGCUCCUGGAUUGAUCAGCAAGGGAGCAUCGGAAUAUUCUAAGGAAUUGGCAAUUUCAUUUUCUUUAAUUGACACAUGUUAAUUGAGUAUUGCAUUAGUGGUUAGCAAGUGCAUUAGUUAGUGGAGCAUGGUAGGAGUUGUUACAUGCAUGUCUCUAAGAAAUAAGGGACAUGGGCAUCAUGUGCUCAUAACCAUUGCAUAUUUAAUUCCUUGUAAUUUGUUUUUGAGAAAAUAUCUAGAAAAUUGUUUCAAAA